AUGGCCACCGGCGAGGUGUUGGCCAACCGGAGGGACCUCCCGGUCGUAGAUCUUACCAAUACCGAUUCCGCCGCGAGAUCCUCCGCCGAACAGGCCAAGAGCGCCUCCGACGACCAUGCGCCGAGCGUGCACGACGACAGCGACGACCAAAUCGACAAUGUUUCGCUGUACGAGGAGCUUCUGGACGAGGUCGACCCCUUUGACCUCGGUGGCGGGCCCGAUGUUUGCACCGUUCAGGAAGCCAGAGCUUACCGGAAGCGCCUGCGCGAGGUAGGCGCCGGCCCCUUCGUCUACGAAACCGUCACCACCGGCAAAGUCUCUGCCAAAAGACUAUGCACAGCUUUCGGCAUCAAGCCCCCCAGCUUUCUGGAAGGCGCUCCCGACAGCUCCUAUUACCAGUUGUUGGGCUUGGCCAUUGCCAGGGAGCUUUCCAAGAGGCGCCGUUUGCCUGAACACUCGACCAUCGAAGAUGCCGCUCGCCUUCUGCAGAAAAGCAAAAAUGUUAUGGUCAUCACGGGUGCAGGUAUCUCAACUAGUCUCGGCAUCCCCGAUUUCCGCUCUAAGAACACGGGCUUUUACUCGAAGCUCCGUGAAAUGGGUUUCGAGGACCCGGAGCAAGUAUUCGACAUUCACAACUUCGACGAAGAUCCUACUAUUUUCUACAAACUUGCGGGCGAUAUUCUCCCCGACCUCUACAACUGGACUCCCACACACGAGUUCAUACAUCUGCUUCAAGAGAAGGGAAAGCUCCUGACGAACUAUACCCAGAACAUCGACAACUUGGAAAGUCACGCUGGCAUAGAUCCGGAAAAGCUGGUGCAAUGCCAUGGUUCAUGGGCGACUGCUACCUGCCGGAAGUGUGGCCAUCAGAUUCCGGGAGAAGAGAUAUUCCCGAACAUCCGCGAGCAAAAGGUGGCCGAGUGCAAGGAGUGCAUUCGCCAAUUGGCAGUCCCCCGACCUGGUAUGAAGAGAAAGCGGAGUUCAAACGGCAGCUCUCGCAAGAGAAGGCAGAGUGACGACGACGACUCCGACGGCCAGUACGACAUUCCCCAACCUGGUGUCAUGAAGCCGGACAUCACCUUCUUCGGUGAAGGCCUUCCGAAGCGCUUCUUUACCCGCCUUAAGGACCACGACAAGGAUAUCGUGGACCUUGUCAUCGUUAUUGGAACCUCCAUGAAAGUUGCGCCCGUCUCCGAAGUCCCCCAGAUUCUGUCGCCCGAUGUGCCGCAGAUCUACAUUUCCAGAGAUCCCAUUCGUCAUAUUGACUUUGAUGUCAACCUGCUUGGCGAUUGUGACGUCGUUGUGGCCGAGCUGUGUCGCCUUGCUGGGUGGAACCUGGAACACAAAAUGAUUCCAGAGGGUCUCAGUGCCGAAGUCAACCCUGUUGAGACGGAUGACGAUGAAAAACAUACAUGGAGAGUCUCUCUACCUGAAAGAGUCAAUUCGGACAGGGUUCCUGCGGUUAAACCGGAUGAUGCCACGCUCGAAGGGACCGCUUCCGAAAAGGUCAAGUCUGAGGAACCAAUUGCUAAAGUCUCUGGCUGA